AUGAUACUCCUCAGAAUAUGGGCGAAUCUUCUUCCAUUCCUCCUUCUCCAACUGCCUAUCUCCCCCACGGUCAAUGCUGGACACCCUGAGUGGGAACAUGCUCGAUUCAUGCUUCCGGAAUGGGUGUCAGUCAAGUCAGUAGAGCCCUGGUCCCGCCUCUGGCCCGACAAGACCGUCAAGCUGUGCUAUGAAAGCGAAGCAACCUGGAGAAAAUAUCAUAAUUACUACCGCAAUGCAAUGAGAUUAUGGUAUGCGUCGGGGCUGUCCGAGGAUUUCAAAGUGAGGGAGGUUGGCCGAGAUGGAUGCCAGAACACGCCACAUGAACAGUUGCUGGUAAUGGAUACUCCCGAAAUGCUUGCCACUUUUGUUGGUUUCCCCUCUAUGUCCUACCUAAACCCUAACAAUGGGCCACCCCCUACUGCCCCUGCAAUGUAUGUAUCAUUGCUACCGAGUGACACAGAGGAGUACCGAGUUGGUAGCAUUGCUCACGAGCUCGCACAUUCAUUUGGAUUGCACCACGAGCACCAAAAUCCUUAUUAUUGGCACAGAGGAAGGGAGCUGUUUGUAUUCGAUUGUGAGGCUCUGUCUGAUUAUACCUCUUUCACCGAGGGCCUAUCAGAGGCUGAAAUCUGGGAACCGGAUGGCGUCUGCACGAGCUACAAGGAGGCUGAUCACCUUGGAGCUACACCUACUAAUUAUCUUCCUCUGCCGUUUGAUGAGGUCCUGACCCCUAAGGGGAUGUGGGUCGGCAAAGACGACGUUGACUGGAAUUCAAUUAUGCUCUACGGCUCUACCACCGGCGGGAAGAGGGAUGAAAAUGGAGAAAAGGAAGCAGUUCUUAUGACAUCGGAUUUCCAACUUUGGCCUGAGCCACAGACCCCUACCCCUGAUGAUGUGACUGGCUUAUCGCUUCUCUAUACUACUGUGUAUGGGAUUCCAGUGAGGACCCUGUUCAAUGAUCCUAGAAGCCCUAGCUUUUCGACAUUCAGACAAUAUGCCGGCUGUUCGACCUAG